UGUCCGCGCGCUCUAGCGCGAGCUGUAGGCAGAAUCGCUCGCGCUCUACUUUAUGAAUGGAUGGGAGUGGCGCUGUAGUGUCAGUGUCAGUGUCGUCACGCUGUUAAUAGGCGCUGGCGUUCGUCAGUGGACUUGACAGGACAGCAAGUGGACAGCAUACGACAGCAGCCAGAGCGGGCAUUAGGGGCAAAAGGCGACUCGAGGCGAUAGGGUGAGCACGCGACUGUGACAGACAGGGGCAGCUCACAUGUUACAGGGUGGGAGGAUGGGUUAGGGGAGACAAAGGAAUCGCAGGCGUGUAGUUUUUUUGACCGCCCAUAGACAACUUGGACACAUUUGCGGACUGCAUAAUAAAAAGGUACAUUCCCUGUUAUCGCGCUGAUGGUCUGACAUGAUUCACACAGCGACUUUUUGAUUCGCGCGAUUCAUUUUACCCCCAAACCAGCUGAGAGACCUGCUUUGUUUGGUCAUUUUUGGGGGGUUUGUGGUAUACGUUGCUAUAUCUGGAUAUCCCGAACUGCAUUCCUUCAGAGUUGUGGCAAAGCAGAGAGAUAAUUGUACCAAUCUCUUUUCAAAGGCGUGACAGAAGCAAAAGGGCGAGACAGAAAACUCGCAUCAGCACCACGCGAGCACACUUCGUCUGCUCUGUUUGGAAGAGACUCCGAACCGAAGCCCGUCUUUACAGGAUCUCAGAACUAUUGGACACAAAACCAUAUGGUUUUGUAAGUAGAAGGCAGUGAGCACUUUACUGACGCGCGUAACCUGAAAGAUUCACGAGGCGAAAUCACAUCAAAGGGCCCUCUCCAUGGAUAUAGACACAGAUUAUGAGCGACCUAAUGUGGAGACCAUAAAGUGUGUGGUGGUGGGUGAUAAUGCGGUGGGCAAGACACGACUGAUCUGUGCCCGUGCCUGCAAUGCCACCCUUACUCAGUACCAGCUGCUUGCCACCCACGUGCCAACUGUCUGGGCCAUCGACCAAUACCGUGUGUGCCAGGAGGUGCUGGAGAGGUCACGAGACGUGGUGGACGAGGUCAGUGUCUCCCUCAGGCUGUGGGACACAUUUGGAGAUCAUCACAAAGACAGACGCUUCGCUUAUGGCAGAUCAGAUGUAGUAGUGCUGUGCUUCUCUUUGGCCAAUCCGAACUCCCUGCGCCAUGUCCGCACCAUGUGGUUCCCUGAGAUUAAGCACUUCUGCCCCCGCACCCCGAUCAUCCUGGUGGGCUGCCAGCUGGACCUUCGCUAUGCUGAUCUGGACGCUGUUAACCGGGCUCGCCGGCCUCUGGCCAAAACCAUCAAACCCACAGACAUCCUUCCCCCAGAACGAGGCCACGAGGUUGCUAAGGAACUCGGCAUUCCAUACUACGAGACAAGUAUUGUCGCUCAGUUCGGUGUAAAGGAUGUGUUUGACAAUGCUAUCCGUGCUGCACUCAUCUCUCGACGCCACCUUCAGUUCUGGAAGUCCCAUCUAAAAAAGGUUCAGCGUCCCCUACUCCAGGCACCGUUCCUCCCUCCCAGACCACCACGACCUAUGGUGGGCAUCCCUGAUCCUCCUCCCAUGGAUGGAGAAGGUCCAGACUCUCUUUUCUGCCAGCCAUUGUGUGCAGAUGUCCUGUUUCUACUCCAGGCUGGGACCACUUGUGUCUUUGCCCAUAAGGUGUACCUGGCCACUUCCUGCUCAAAGUUCUAUGACCUUUUCACUAUGGAUCUUGGAGGGGUAGGGAUGGAGAAGGAGGGUGAGGAAAGCUCAGAGGGGAGUGAAGAAGAGGAGCAGUGCCGAAGAGGAGCCAAAGAACAGGCUGGGCGUACCAAGAGCCUGGACAUUGAUAAGGAGGGUGAAGGGGGCACCAGGGGUUCAAAUAGGCUGCUCAUGUUGCAGCAGGGCUCACUGAGGACUUCACAGAGCGAUAACGCUCUGCCUGCCAGUGGCCAAUGCUCUAUGGGACCCCUGGGAGCAGGCCGUGCUCUUUUGGGAUGGGGGCGUGGUUUCUUGGGGUUGUACUUGGAAAUGGUGGAUGACCCUGUGACAGGUCGGCCGAGACUCAUGACAGUUGUGUCAAUGGAUGAUCUCAUUCAGAAAGGGCCUUUCCAGGCAGUGUUGCAGUACCUUUAUACGGGUCACCUGGAUGAGACACGUGGGGACCUGAUGCAGGUGGCCACCAUCGCUGAGCUUCUGGAGGUCUUUGACCUGCGUAUGAUGGUGGCCAAUGUGCUGAACCAUGAGAGCUUCAUGAACCAGGAGAUCACCAAAGCCUUCCAUGUGCGUCGUGCCAACCGCAUCAAAGAGUGCCUGAGCAAGGGCACCUUUGCUGAUGUGGUGUUUAGAUUGGACGACCGAUAUCUGCCAGCCCAUAAGCCACUGCUCAUCUCAAGCUGUGAUUGGAUGGCAGCCAUGUUUCGUGGAUUCUUCAUGGAGAGCUACAUUGAGGAGGUCUCUAUCCCCAACACCACUUGUGCCUGCAUGAGAGCCGUUCUGGAGUUUCUCUACUGUGGUGUGUUAACACCAUGUCCUGAGCUGGAGCCAAUGGACCUUAUAAUACUUGCCAACCGCCUCUGUCUUCCUCGCCUUGUAGCUCUAACAGAGCAACAUGCUGUUGAGGAGCUAUUGCAGUUGUCCGUUAAAGGGGUGGACAUUGAUGGACAUGUGCUGGCCUAUCUGGAGAUGGCUCAGUUCCACAAUGCCAAACAGCUCUCUGCCUGGUGUCUGCAUCACAUCUGCACCAACUACAAUAGCGUUUGUCGAAAAUUCCCUAAAGACAUGAAGACUAUGUCUCCUGAAAACCAGAAACAUUUUGAGAAGCAUCGCUGGCCCCCUGUGUGGUUCCUGAAGGAGGAAGACCGCUACCUCCGUUCUCAAAAAGAGCGAGAGCGCGAGGAGGAGAUCUUACGCAAGCAGCACACCAAACGGGGCUGGUUUUUCUGGAGACAUCCAUCCUCCUCAGCACCCCACAUUUCCUGAGGGUCUUCCUCCAUUCAUCCUUUCAACCCCCCCUUUACUCCUCACCCUCAUCUCAGUCCAGAGGCAUGUAGCCAAGCCUGGGGAGCCCUGUUUCUGUCCUGACUGCUGAAAGCGAGUCCGGGGUCCUCUUUGUCUCUGAGCUUUAGCCUUCCCUACCCACGCUGGGCCUUAGUGGACUGCCCGCCACGAGAGCUCAUAGCGUAUGUGUCAUUAAACAGGAGAAGGUUUGGAGAAAGUCUCAAAUCAUUCUCUUUCUCAAUGUUACAUGUUCUACUGUGCGAAUGCAACAGGUCUCGCCGCAGCAUCACAUAGGGAACAGCAUCAUUGCAGUGACCUGCUUUCGCCUCUUAAGACUGUUAUUAUUAUACAAGACCACACACACACACUCACACCAGCACCCCGUCUGAGCGCUGGCGCCUGGGCACACGAAUGCUGCAUGGUGCUGCUGUGCUGAUCUUUUCUCUGUGAGACCUAUUUUUGGGAAAACCGUCAUGUUCAAUGCCUACAAGCUGAAACAUAGCUUAGCUUUGAAUACAACUAGCAACUAAAAUGGCGGCAGGGAUAUACAUAUAAAAGAAAUUGUUAAAAUAAAGGGGUUAUUGCCCCUGCCUUCAUGCUUCAUGCUUCAUAAAAACAAUUCUCCAUUUUGGAUCUUCCAUUGCCCCAUAUUGGCUCAGAAUACCAAUUGUGUUGCUUAAAGAAGAAGUGUUUUUCAGAUUGUUUUUCCUGUUACUAAAUUUUGUUCAUGUGGUAGAACAGAAGGGGUGUGUAGUUCAGGUCUGUCACUCACUAAAAAAACUAUAGGACAGCACCAAAGACAGACACUCAGACAGACAACUCAUUCAAACACAAACGCCUUACCAAAAUCUGCUGAAACAAAAACUUGACAGCAAGUAAACUAUGAAAUUAGGGCUAUUUUUCCACUGCCAGGAGAGUAUUAGCCAUCACAACUGUUAUUUGACAUUCUGUCGAUUGAGUUUUGUGAUUUGACCACUAGCAAGCUCCUCGACUUGCUUGCCUUUCACCUCCACCACUGGGGGGCGCCCAUGCCUUCUGAGUUUACCCUGCUUAAGUAUUAGCUACUCAUUUGUUUGUCAGUCCUGUUGCAGAUCUUCACACCCUUGUGAAAUGCACUUGUUUUUGUAGCACUACUUCAGCUCUUUGCUAUUGGCGAACCAAAAAGUAGGUUGCGAUGUUUCUUAUUCCUUUGCCGCUCCUCUCUGUUAUUCCUCUGCUCCUCUACCUCUGCAGUUAGCCAAACUGAGGGAGAAACUAUCGAUCCACUUCCUGUAGUGUUUGAUAUGUUGCAAUGUGAUGCUUCACUUUGCGCUUUACACUUGCAGAUAAAAUCGGUGCUCCGGAUUAACCUGCUAAAUGCCACAGCGUUCAACCACUCACCCAUCAUCUCCUUAAAGGGCGGUUUCACUAGACUUUGAGCCCUGCAACAGUCGUGAUACGAUGUCAUGCUCUGUGGUGUCUUUUUUUUUUU